AUGCCCGGCACCAACGCGUAUGACCAGUCUCGAACUCGUGGACCGUUUUCGAAAUGGAGAAGGGUGGGACUCACGACGGGUGAGGCCGAAUCAAAGAGCAGGUCUGCUCGUAGGAGGGGAAAUUCGAGGGGCGACACGAGCAAUAGCGCCGGGGUGAGGAUCGUGGCAAGCGCCGGACCGAGGCACCCCUACGGCCGGCGCGCUGGGGGAGUUGGAGUUGGGAGAGAAAGGUCAGAGAGAGAGCAGUGGAGGUGGGAAACAGCGAUGGAUUUAUACUUGAGGUGGGGCUCACAAUCCCUCGUUUCGGCGCGUGUUGGUCUAUACGACGUGAGGUUGGCGGCUAUUGCGACGUGCAACAAACGUAAAGUUAACGCGCAUCUGCUCAUGCGACGUGCAACAAAACUGAGCCUCAAGCGUUCAACGAGUAAGCUGCACUCGUGGCUUGCGCUUGAGCGCUUCACUCGUGGCUUACGGGUGGCGUGUGUUAGUUUGUACGACGUGAGGUUGACAGCCAUUGCGACGUGCAACAAACGUGAAGUUAACGCGCAUCUGCGCAUGCGACGUGCAACAGAAUUGAGCCUCAAGCGUUCAACGAGUAAGCUGCACUCGUGGCUUACGGGUGGCGUGUGUUAG